AUGUCGAACUGUCAAAAUGUUUUUGAUGUAGUGAUUCACGAGUGGCCUGCUUUGGGGCUUCUAGGUGCUACUUUGAAGGAUUUUUUGCAAUGGGUCUGUCUGGUUGAAUCAGAAAGCGCCGGUAAUACUUCCGCUUUAGGUAUUCUGAAUGGACGUGGGAAAUUUUAUCAUGGUUUAUUUCAAAUAAAUGAAGAAUAUUGGUGCCGGAAAGGAAACCCAGGCGGAGGAUGUAACAUCACUUGCGAAAGUUUGACUGAUGAAGAUAUAAGUAUUGCUGCAGCUUGUGCUCUGAAAAUUUAUAACAGUCGUGGUUUUCGUCAAUGGGCGGGAUGGAAAGUCAGAUGUGAAGGCAAAUCUAUUGAUCUAAGCAAGUGCUUCGGGGAAACUGAGAUUCUAAAAAAGUGA